AUUGCUCAGUCACCUGUGUGGAUUAGUAGUGCCAGUCAGAGACAAGAGAUAAUUAUUUCUUGUCUCUGGUGCCAGUCUGUGGUAGUGCCUCUAACCUUUGUAAAUGAUUGGUGUUUUGUAUAUUUUGGUAUAAGAUUAAUUUUACAUGUAAAUUAAUGGACAUUUUUCAGCCAAAGUACUCAGAACAGGCCCAUAGACCGUUUAAUCGCAAUUAACAUUCAAAAAUAGAGUGGACGAAAGACAUUUAAAAGAAAGCAGUCAAUAAUCAGUAGGGGAUUUCACUCAUUCCUCUACAUCCAGCUGUGUUUACAAACAAAGAAACUGUGCAUGUUUUGCUUAUCUUUUAUUUUGUUAUUUGAGGCAUUUUAAAAUGUCUGCGGGUACUUCUCAGAAGGAAGAUCUUCUGAUCCAAGUUCGUGAUAUUCUGCGAAAAGACGAAAUCAAGCUGUGGCUACCCCCUUACUUCAGUGAAGCGAAUGGGAGCUGUAAGGCUGAAAUUUCCAAUUUAAGCGUAGAAGUUUCCAAGAAAUACGAAUUUCCUUUCGAGCAGUGCUUGCAAAUAAUUAGCGAACUGCAAAUGAACGCGUUGGAAAAUUUGAAGCAUAAAACCCGAUUUCAAGAAUCGGGAGUUGCAACUCUGAAAAUUAAAGUGGUAGAUCACGGAAAACCACCCAUAAUGAUUGUUAAAGAAGUAAUGCUCGACUGUACUGGAAGCGAUUUGAAGGAAAACAUUUGUCAGGAUAUUUUUGUGCCCAUUGAACAAGUGAAGUUGAUCAGUGCUGGUAGAGUUCUAAAUAACACCGACUCUUUAAAUACUCAAAGGGUGAAAAAUGGCCAACAAAUGCUAGCGAUUGUUGUAGCAGAAUCGCCGGAACAGUUUGCAAAGAAUGAAGAUGCUGUAAAACAGUUGGAAACAGUGCGAACUGACUCUCAGUUAUUAGCACUUGAUAACGAUUAUAUGAGAUUAGAAGAUCAGUUUGGUAACACAUUGCAAAUACCAACGGCUGAAAAAACAGCACUUGUAGUUGCCUUAGCUUUACACGAAAAAGGCAGGGCUGCUUUGAAAAAAGAUGAUUAUUCAACCGCUUUGGUCUUCUUCCUGGAAGCUGAUCAAGAAUUUGAAAAGUGCAGCUCAACUUUUGUUAAAUUAGUCGACAAUCACGCUCUUUUAGACCUGGACAUUGCUUGGUGCUAUCUAUGCCUUCAAAGUUUUACACAUCUUCCAGAAGCUCAAGACAGAUUGCAGAAAUGUGAGGCAAAAUUUUGCAAAACUUAUGGCUCAAAUAUGGAACGAAUCAUUGCUCUAAAAGGCAAUGCCAGUAAUGAACAAUGUCUGUUCACGAGACUUCAUCUUUUACAAGCAGUUCUUUUGUAUCACCAAAACCGCAGGUCGGAAUCCUUGACAUUGUUUAAACAGGUUGAAAAAGAACUUCGCGAUCUAACAGUGAAUGAAGAAAGUAUUGCUAUGCUUUUAGAGAUAGGAUUCUCCGCUGCUGAAGCCAGACUAGGGUUGAGGGCAACCAAAGGGAAUGUGAGCGAAGCUGCUGACUAUAUAAGUGAAAACCGUCGCAAAAGAUAUGAAGCCCGAAAAAAAGCUUUAGCUGAGGAAAUCUAUGAAAAAGAAAAGCAAAAAUUGGGCGUCUGUGCUGAUGGGAAACAGUAUGUUGAUCCAAAUUUUCUAAAGAUUCUCGUAAACAUGGGAUAUAACAAGGAAGCUGGCCGAGUAGCUCUGAAAAUGUGCAAUAAUAUUAUCUCGGACAGUGUACAGUAUAUUGUGGAUAAUCCCGCUCCAGGCUCAUGUCAAUCUGCAAGUAGAGAAUUAAACGACUUAAUAGAGGACUUGGUUUCGCAGUUAAUGGACGCAGGAUUUGAUCCGAGAAUGGCAAAAUUAGCCCUUCAGAAGCACAACGGAGACAUUGCAGGGGCUACGGAAGAACUGUUGGAAAACGACGGCAUUGUUUCCGGAGAUUUAUCCUCGUUGGACAUUAGUCAAGAGAGUAUCGAAAGCAUCAAGCGACGAAAGAAGGAAGAGAAAGAAAAGGAACAAGCUUGGGAAAGAUUAAAAGAUGAUAUCUCAAUAGUCGAUGAUGAUCAUUUGGAUAUGAACUUGGCUCAAGAAGAAAUGUUCCUAAAACAGUACCUGUCCUUAUUGGAGAAAAAUUAACAAUAUUAAAGUUGAAUGAGUUAUCGUGAUCGUCUUGUGUUAUAUUCAUAAGUUGUAUUUGUGUUGAUCUAAACGAAAUUUACCCUUCUUAAGUUAAGACAUGGAUAUUUACUAGUCUUUCUAGUAUAUGAGUACCUUGCCUAAAGAGGCUACACACGUACCUACUAAUAAAUAAUAAUAGUGUGUAAAAAACUACAGUGUAUAAACCUAUGAAUUGAUAA